AUGAUCAACCACGCACCCAUGCCCGCCGCAUCGAAGCCCCCGAGAAGACCGCUCGGCGCCGCAAGCAACAACAACGUAAUCCUCAACCCGCCAGCACUCGCUUCCGACAGACACUCGCCUCUGAAGGCAUCGUCAGGCAACCAAAAAUCUCCUCUCGCCCCGUUGAAGUCUCAAGGCAACAGACUCAACAUGGUUCCCAUGGCGCCACCCUCCGCAAGGACACCAAACACCGAUUCGCUUCACAAGAAGCCCUACCUCUCCAAGUUCAAGACCGUCGCGCAAAAGCCACCCGUAGUAGAUCUCGCCGCUGGGUUCGGCAAGGAAAACGUCCACCCUCAGCUGUAUCCCGCGCCGCCAACAAUCAACUUUGACCAGUUCUACAUGCACAAGGCACCCGGCAAGCGCACGCUCAUGGAGGCCGCACCUAUCAAGGAAUCAAGACCGCUCAAGAAGGUCAAGGCCGACGAGUCCGGUCUGCCGCCACACGACUCCUUUCCUCCGAUCCUUGACGACGGGACGAAACCGGGCCACAGCUACGCGACUCUGAUUGGGAUGGCCAUUCUCCGGUCUCCUCAAAGGCGCCUGACCCUCGCCCAAAUUUACAAGUGGAUUUCCGACACGUACUCGUUCUACAAGGCGGAGGAAUCGGGAUGGCAGAACAGCAUUCGACACAACCUCAGUCUUCACAAAGCCUUCAUUAAGGUGGAGCGGCCGAAGGACGACCCAGGAAAAGGCAACUACUGGACCAUCCAGGAGGGCAUGGAGCAGCAGUUCAUGAAGGAUAAGCCGGCGAGGAAGACCGCGACUACCGCCGAGAACGUCCCCGUCAUGUCGACCCGAAUGGAGCCCUCAAGACCGGUCAACGUCCCUAUCCAGGAGCCGACUCUGCCGCCUCCGGCACCCAUUAACCACGCGACGCUGCCGCCUCUGCCCACGUCUCAGGCUACCGUGGCCGUUGAAUUCUCAUCCGACGCGACCAUUCCCGUUUCCGACUCGGCCGCACCCGAGGAUGGACACGACAAGGGACUCGAUCAGGACUGCUCUCCCCUGCCGCCCACGAUGCACUCUUCACCGCCGAUUCCGCGGCACAUGGAGCCCCGCAGCCGCACGCCUCCGCCGCCCGGCCGCGGUCCAUUCUCCUCCAUUACCAAGUCCCACAAGAGGAAGUUUGCCUCCAUGGACGACAGCGGCUACAUCUCAUCGCUCGAGUCUUCGGCGCUGCGGCAGCCCAAGACCGGCAUCCUCACUUCGGAGGCUGACCGCCCUCGCAAGCGCAGCCGUGCCGGCAGGGCCGAGGACGAGAUCGCUCGCUUGCGCGCUUCCUCUUACGACAGCCCUAGCAAGGGUCGGUCGUACAACGCGUUCGCCCCACCGUCCUCGUCGCCUCUCCGCCAGCAGGGACAGAUGCUGCCACCUCUGACUCCGGCCAUGAAGUUGAAGCCGCCCACCAAGGCACCGCCGUCUGCAUCGCCCAACACGAACCUCCGCCUUCACCGCGACCAUGUCCGCCAGAUGCUCCAGUCUCCACUCCGCAAGAUGGACGGCAAUGCGCCUUGGAGCCCCGCCUUCAACCUGGAUGAGAACAUCUACAACUACAACCUGAUGGCUGCCGGUGAUUUCGACAUCUUCCAGGACAUGGAUAACGACUUCUUUGACGGCCUCCCUCAGGAGUCGCCAUCAAAGAAGUCGGUGAAGCGCCCGCGUAUUGAGCGCACCAACUCUGCCAGCGCUCUGGCCGAGGCCACAGACUCCAACAAGUCGGUCGUUUCCACCCCCUUCCUGAAGGCCCCCGCGCAGAACUCUGCAAUGUGGGAAACCCCCAGUAAGGUGUUUGAUGGGCUCUCAUCUCCCAUCAAGGGCGGCGACAGUGCCUCCCAGUGGAGAUUCCCCUCACCGACAAAGAUUUCCUCGUCCUUCUACGAGGUUGCGGCCGAGGGCGACUGGCCCUCUUUCACAUUCGACACCGCCGACUUCAUGGACGACCCCAACGAGUACUCGGGGCUCGACAUUCUGCAGGGCUUUGAGAAGAUUGGCUCGGGCUCCCAGCCCAAGCAAUCAGGCUCCAAGCCCAGCAAGCCUGCUUUUGGACGAAGCUAUACCACGCAAUUCUAA